AUGGUUGAAGAAAAAGAAAUUCAAAAACUUUCACAAGAUUCAUCAAAUGUAUCUAUUGAAGAUUUAACAUCAACUACAGAAAUUAAUAAUAAUAUUAAUGAAGAAAAAAUUUGUAAAUGUUCAUGUGGAAAAAAAAUUGUUGAAAAAGAUUGUAAUGUAAUUGAACCUAAUGAAAAUCUUCAACCAAUAAAGCCACAAUAUAAUUUUAAUCCAAAAGAAUGGAUAAGUUAUAAAGAACGGGCUGUUAUUCAAAAAGCACUUCAAACAAUAACAUCAUGGGUUAUUAAAACAACUAAUAGUACCACAAUUAAAAAAAAAUUUUCAUGGAUUUUAUCAACAAAUUAUUUAUCCGAAAAAAAUUUUGUCAAUUUAUAUAAAGAUGGAGAAAUUUUUAAAAAAUUAGCUAGAUCAUUAACACCAAAAUAUAAAUAUGAUGCAACUAAUGUUGAUCAAGUAAUAAUAGAUUGUAUGGAUUUAGUUACUUAUAAUUGUCUUAAAUUUAGAGAAUAUUGUGUUGAUAUAUUUGGAUUAAAUAAAAAUGAAUUAUUUUCAUUGGAAGAUUUUGAUAUCAAAAAAUCACCAAAAGGAUAUAGAAAUAUUUUUCAUACUUUAUGUUUUAUUGCAUUAAAAAGUGAAGAAAUGAGAUUAGGAACAGAACACAUUAAUUGUUAUCUUUUUACUAAUAUGAAAUCAUCAAUUUUAGAAAGAAGAGAAAUUGGCUUUGAUUUUUAUACAUGUUUUAUUAACAUAAAACAUCAUAUUUAUCAUAAAAAUAUCAUUAAUGCUGCCUAA